AUGGCCAUGAACCACACGUUCCCCAAUCGAGGAAGUAGCAUUCCGUAUACUUUCAAUCCGGGAAGCAAUGCGACAAUCGAUAUAGGCAGCGUACCUGAAGCGGGUAGUACCACGAAGGAUAGGUUGGUCGUCGGUGUCGACUUUGGAACCACCUACAGCGGUGUGGCUGCCGUCUAUAGUGCGACCCCUGACGACAUUGACAUCAUCAAGACGUGGCCUGGCGGGAACGGUAUCACGUCCGACAAAGUUCCCACCGAAAUCGGUUACAGCGAACCAUCCCCUCGUAACGGCUCGGUCUCCUCGCUCGAUGCGCCCGCGAAAGCUGCGCAGAACAUAAAAUGGGGGUUCCAAUUCAAGCCCGAGGAGACGCGUCUCCGGUGUAUAAAGCUGUUCCUCGACAGGAAUCAGAAGCUACCGCAUUUCGUAUCACCGCUUGAAACCGCUGCGCAAUUGCGCAAGUUCGAGAAGACGGUCAUGGAGGCGGUCUCGGACUAUCUGUCGCAGAUAUACAAACAUACAAUGGAGACUUUGACAAAGAGAUACGGAGAGACAUUCAUCAGCUUGACCAAAGUUGAGUUCGUCUUGACAGUCCCUGCUGUGUGGUCAGACUCGGCGAAGGAUGCGACGUUGAAGGCUGCGGAGAAAGCUGGCAUGGGCAACAGGCACGAGCUGAAGCUUAUAUCAGAACCGGAGGCGGCGGCGGUAUACACUCUCAAGGCGAUACAACCGAAUCAUCUGAAGAUCGGCGACAACUUUGUUGUUUGUGAUGCUGGUGGCGGUACUGUCGACUUGAUCGCAUACAAGAUCACCCAAUUGCACCCUCUCCGCGUCGAGGAAUCAGCAGUUGGGACUGGCGGUCUCUGUGGCUCAACGUUCAUCAACUAUCGCUUCGAGGAACAUGUGAAGCAGCGCAUUGGUGCAGAACGCUAUAAUUGGAUGCGCGAGAAGAAGAUGAAGACCUGGAACAUGGGGUUGAAGUACUUUGAGGAGUUCGUCAAGCGCAACUUCAAUGAGGAGGAACACAAUGAGGUCAACAUACCCUUCCCAGGUUUACCGGACGACGAGGAAGCGGGGCUUGACUCUGGGUUCCUUGUCAUGAGCGCGGAGCAAGUCAAGGAACUAUUCGAUCCGGUAGUCCAAGAAGUCAUAGAUCUGGUAGAAGGUCAAGUCCACAGCAUAAGAGCAAAGGGAGGUCUGGUGUGCGGUAUCGUCCUGGUGGGAGGCUUCGGGCAGAGCAAUUACCUCUACGGUCGAAUGAAGUCCCACUUCAAUAGCGCACCUCCACCUCCGUAUACCGAAAGACCAACGCACGCUGUCGCAUUGAAUGCCUCACAGGCAGUCGAGAUAUACCACCCCAUACAUGCGUGGACAGCAGUGGUGCGAGGCGCAGUACUCCGCGGGCUAGAAGGCAAUAUGGUCAUCAGCAGAAGAAGUCGAUGGCACUACGGCACCAGCUACGCGACAGUCUUCGACGAGGCGAAGCAUCCCAUAUCCGACCGAUAUUGGAGUCCACUCUGGGAACGAUGGAUGGUGUCCGACCGGAUGCAAUGGCACAUCGCAAAGGGCGCACAAGUCUCCGAAAACAGACCUAUAUCAUUCCACUACACGCGCAACUUCCGGCCGGGCCAAUCCCUAAUUGUAGAAGAUGACCUCAUAGCCUGUGACGCGGACACAGCGCCCGACUCCUUUAAGAAGGGUCUUAUCAAUGUCUGCACACUGACCACGGACUUGAACACUGUGCCGAAGAGUCUGUUUACGCGGUUGACGACGACGAAGGGAGUGGAGUUUGACAAUCUGGAUUUUACGCUGGAUAUGCGGUGUGAGAGUGCGGGGUUGGUGUUCGAGCUGAAGGUUGAUGGUGUGAGAUAUGGGGGUGUUAGUGCGAAGUUUCAUUGA